AAUGGAAGCGAGUCGCUGGGGACUCACGUGGAAGGGGUGCCCUUAAAAACCUAGCCACACUGAGUUGAGCACAAGUUCAUUUGUUAGGUUUUAUCUGACUUUCCGUUACCCAAUGUGUCUAUUUAACCUGCAUUACCUCAUUUGCGCUUCUGUCUUCUCACAGCAUUUUUUCAGCGCUCUACCGUCCAACGCUUUCGCAUUGCAUCACCUACGCCGGCAAAGAAUGCACUUGCCUUUUCCAUCCGGAUUCGAUUCUAUUCGCCACAGCGAACAACCUUUGAACUGAUGAAAAUUUCAGCUGCUCAACAGACGCGAGGCUCGAGUUGACGCCGCUUUGCUUCUGUCCGUGGUGCUGAAAUGCGCGCGCCCUCUAAGUAGGCUACCUUGUGGUUUCACACUAACACCGUUACUUCAGAACAGCUUUUUGAAAUAAUUUGAUUAAUAAUUCAAAGCUACUAUCGAUGCGUCUCGCGUCUCCGAGAAAUACCGGGAUUGAAAAAAUUAAUUAAAUUUGCCAGCCGAGAGUAUAUUUAGGCUGUAUCGAUUUUUUUUUUAGUGAGGAGCUAAAGCAGGGGAAAAAAAAAAACUCUUUUUUUUGGAGGCUGGGUCUGUGUGUAUGCUACUUCAUACAGAACAUCCUCAAGAAACCUCCUUUUCCUUUUUAAACUCACACUAAAAGUCCUCAAGGAAGAAGAAAGUUUUUUUCUUCUUCUUCCAGACAGGGGAUGAAUAUUUCUCAUUUCCGAUUCUGCUUUGGAUUUUCCUCCUGGAUAGAUCGCUAUUAAAUCGAGCGCCAUUCACGCAGAACUUGCUUGAAUACAGAUGAUAAUCUGAACAGAGGCUUCACGCAAGCAGCAGUGUGGAGAUGGAAGCGUCCACCAACGGCUCCAGUUUUGGAAUCGACUCCCUGCUAUCCCACAGGCCCGGAAGCCCAGUCAUCGCGAAGGGGGACAGUUUGGUUGGAGAAUGCCGGUCCCCGCUGGAGUUCAGCCCCAGAUCAGACUUAGAGAGCGGUUGUUCUUCUCCUCCGUCCCCGCGGAGGGAGUGCGCUGAGGAUGCGGCGCAGAGACAGGGUCACCCACUCGGGCUCGGGCUCGGGCUCCCGUCCCAUUUGCAACACGGGCCGAUGUCCGCUGGAUCGCAACCUCGGACUGUCACUUCAUCCUUCUUAAUAAGAGAUAUUCUUGCUGACUGUAAACCCUUAGCAGCGUGUGCUCCUUACUCCAGUAACGGCCAGCCGACUCAGGAGGCAGGGAGACUGGUGUCUAAAAUCGCAGACGACUUCAUCGAAAAGAUCCACAGUAACUCAUCGUCAGACAGUGAAUACAAAGUGAAAGAGGAGGGCGACAGGGAGAUCUCGAGCAGCAGAGAUAGCCCGCAUGUUCGCCUGAAGAAGCCACGGAAAGCGCGGACCGCCUUCACUGACCAUCAGCUCGCCCAGCUGGAGCGCAGUUUUGAGCGUCAGAAGUAUCUGAGCGUGCAGGACAGGAUGGAGCUGGCAGCCUCUCUCAACCUGACCGACACGCAGGUCAAAACCUGGUACCAGAACAGGAGGACAAAGUGGAAGAGGCAAACGGCGGUCGGACUGGAAUUGUUAGCGGAGGCUGGAAAUUAUUCCGCGCUGCAAAGGAUGUUCCCUUCGCCGUACUUCUACCCUCAAAGCCUGAUGUCGAAUCUGGACCCUGGAGCAGCGCUCUACUUAUACAGGGGACCUUCGGCGCCCCCGCCGGCGCUGCAGCGUCCUCUCGUUCCCCGGAUUCUCCUGCACGGGCUCCAGGGCGCCAACGAGCCACCGCCGCCUCUGCCCCCCCUCUCCGGUGUGUUACCCAGACCGACACCACCACGAUGAACGGCACGACUCGAACUCGUUGCAAUACAUGGCAGCUUUGAUCUCAACCAUCAAAAAACUAUUUUACUGGUGACAAAAUAUUCGAGAAAUUUUACGAAGCCACAAAAACAAACUGACACACAAAAAGUGGUUAGAGACAUUUUUAAACUUUAUUUAAUUAUUUAUUUGACUUAUGUUUUUUAACUUGUGGUUAUAUAUAUAUUUUUUUUUUGUUUACCCUAAAUGUUAAAUCUGGAGAAAACAAAUACAGACCGUUAUAUAGGCUACUGAGCGCAAUAAUAACGGGACAUGAUACUACAGGGACAUUUCGUUUCACAAAUGUAUUAUUAUCAUUAUCAUUAUUAUUAUUAUUAUUAUUAUUAUAACUAGUCCAUAUAACAAAUGUGAAUUGUUGGUGCAUCCCUGACGCAAAGAAUAUUUAAAUGGUAGAUUCAUAUUUAAUUAUCCUGAGAUGAAAUCCAGGUCAUAAAUCGUGGGCUUUGUAGUGACCCUCUAAAAUGUAAAGGGAAAGGGGUGUAAAUAAGAAUAUUUUGUAUCAUAUUUCCAAGCCUUAUUAACAGGUGAGACUGACGUGAGCAGCACAUUAAAACCCGACACGUCUCUACAAAAUGAAAAAGCAGCUUAAAUGAAGAAGUGUCACUUUUCUGUUUGACAAACAGUUGAAUGGUACGGAGUACGAGCAGGUGGAUUGGACGAGAUGGAUUAUUAAUCGAUUAUCAAUCGAUUAUUUUUGUGCUGCUUUUCUUUUUUCGUUUCUAUAUUCCUGCACAACUGCCAGUAGCAUCACUUUGAUGUUGACGGGAAAAGGCCAAGUCCUCGUUUCAGAUCACUUGUGAUCAAUAAGACGUCUGAAAGGAGAUGACAUGUAAAGUGUUCGCCCAGGCAUUGUGCAAUAACUCUGUAUAAAGCCGUUGAAAUAUCUUGUCAUUCUUUCUGGUGAAGCUGUAUAUUGAGAAUAAUGAUUUGUGAAGUAAUGAUUCUCGUAAUUCCAAAUGAUUUUUGUUCGUG